UUAGCUCUGCUGGGGGGGCUACCAAGCACAAUCCUACCAGUCCUCCCGGUCAAUCACCCUCUGCCGCUGCUUGCUUCGCCUGCUUCUUUUCUUUUUUCUCCUUCUUCUUCUUUUCCCUUCCAAUAUGCGCCACGCCCACAGCUCGUCCGAGUCGGCCCACCAUCGCGACAAACGGCAAUUCCAGCCCACGAUAACGAGCUUCUUCUCGUCGCGGGACGAAGACUACGACGUUUGGGAAGAGCGGGGUACAGGUCCGAACACCCGGGCUCGCACAAGUAUUCAACAACACCGAGGAGGAGCGACCACCCGAGAGACCAGCUUCCCUACCCUCCCAGGAACCGUUCAAGCAGACUUGCUCAGCGUCGGGAUGCGCGUCCGGAAGAGCGUGCCUGAGGGCUACAAGACACACAAGACGGCAGCCGGUUCAAUGCCCUCAGCCUUGCCUUCUAUCCAGACCACCUUAUCGAAGGGCAACAUAGUGAAGACCAAUACCGCUACAGCACCGCCGAGAGAACCGGUUCCCUCCUCUCUACAACGCCAGCGCGAACUGCUUCCCUUCUGCGGCUUGCACAAGGUUGGUGGCUAUGCGGAACAGCCCGUCACCAACGUGCAUCUGUAUGGUGCGCCCGACGGAACCGGCGACAGACCCGUGAAUCUCUUCCCCCUCCCCGCCGAAGCCUUCAACGAACCCUUUUCAUCCUCGCAAUCCUCGUCCACCGAAUCACUGCCACCGAACCCCGCGAAUCUCCACAAGCGAUCUUGGCAAGAGGAAGAGGAGGAGCUCGAGCAGCAGAGCAACCCAUUGGGACUGAACUCAAACUUCCUCUUCGCAGUUCCCGUCAAGGAUGCAGACGACGAGGUACCCGUUUCACCCCUGUCGGAGACUCCAAAGCAGUCGUUCAAUGCCCUGCCGCAAGGUGCAUUGCGGACGUUUGCGCAGCCCAAAUCGAGAAAGGGUGCGAAAGGAGGUGGCAUGCAGGUCGAUGCUGCGAUGGGAGAUUUGGAUAUGCAAAUGGGCAUUGAGAAUGUACCGCAAGGGGGUGAGACGGACACAGGUGAUUUCGACGAAGCGCCUUUCUUGAGGCCAUGGGGAGCGACCGGUGCUGAGGUCGAGAUGGGAGGUGUUUAAGAGACGGGGAAACCCACACACUUGUUCUCUGCAUACAUUCUGCUUCUUAUUCUUUUCACAGUGGGUAGAGUGAGUGGUAUUGCUGCUGCUGCUUGCAACGCACCACUUCACCGACUCUCUCCUUUUUUUUCCCUUCUUGUUUUCAUGCUGGUUUCUUUAUCCGCCGUAUUCCCACAUUCCUCCUCGAAAGACUUCACUUCGUUUGCCUUCUUCGCCCGUUUACUUGGCUUUUUCUUUUUUUAUUCACCGCACAUCAUCUCUUUUUCAGCGACUCACUCAGCAUCG